GAGAACUGCCUCACCAACUGUAGAUUUUCGCGCUAAUUUAGCUUCAUAGUUCUUCUCACUACAGUUUUCCUCAGAGAUUUUUAGACUUAGUCGUCUCAUUAGAACCUAUCGUUUGUUCGUUAAGGGAUUCUAUUGGCGUUGAGUUAUCACUACUCUUUUUUCUCUUUUGGUGAUUUGCAAGGGAGCUCAGACAUAGUAUUAGACAAUGAUAUACUGUGAUCACUGUCGGAAACGUGUGCACGGAAUGCGACCGGAUGAUUCUUCAUUAUGUUGUGAAGCAUGUGGGAAGGUUUUGGAAGACAUGAAUUUUUCUCAAGAGCCCACUUUCAUUAAAGAUGCAUCUGGGCAGAGUAAACUAUCAGGUAAUUAUGUGAGAACAAUCCAAAGCGGGUAUUCGGCUUCCCGUCAAAGAACAUUAGACAGAGCCUUUGAUGACAUAAGAUACCUAAGCCAAAACCUUGGAGUGGAAGAUGUCAGGUUGUCCACACAAGCAUUGGCCUUUUAUAAAAUAGCAAUUGAACGGAAUUUCACAAAGGGACGAAAAUCAGAGCAAGUACAGGCUGCUUGUCUCUACAUUGCAUUCCGGGCAGAAGAUAAGCCAUACCUUCUCAUUGAUUUUUCAAAUUAUUUAAGGACAAAUGUCUAUGUUCUAGGUGCAGUUUUUUUACAGCUUUGUAAAGUAUUGAGGCUUGAAGAGCACCCAAUUGUUCAAAAACCCGUUGAUCCUAGUCUUUUUAUUUUUAAAUAUACAAGGAAUUUAUUAAAUCAAAGGAAUAUCAUCGUCACUGAAACUGCACUGAGCAUUAUUGCAAGCAUGAAACGUGAUUGGAUGCAGACAGGGAGGAAGCCUAGUGGUUUAUGUGGUGCGGCAUUGUAUAUAGCUGCGCUUGCACAUGGUUUUAAAUACUCAAAGUCUGACAUUCUAAGAAUUGUCCAUGUGUGUGAAGCAACAUUGACCAAGCGUUUGGUUGAGUUUGAGAAUACAACCUCUGCAAGCUUGACCGUUGGGGAAUUGAAGAUGAUGGCAAAAGAACGUGAAAAAAUUCCUAUGGAAAAACCAAAUUGUGGAUCAGAGGAACAUGUCUCAAAGGAUCUACUGUGUGAACACAAGGAUAGUGGUGUCCCACACUGGGCCCAUGGAUUAUGUGAAAGAUGUUAUGAGGAUUUUGUUAAACUCUCUGGUGGACUUGAUGGCGGUUUGGAUCCUCCUGCAUUCCAGCGUGCUGAGAGGGACAGAAUGACAAAAUCACCUUGUGAGGAAAGUGGCAACCAAUCAAGUGAUUUGGCAAAAGCAUCAAAUGGUAUGUGUGCAGGCAGGAAAGAAGAGCUGUAUGCUCCUGGGCCAGAAAGUGUUGUAGCCGAUGUUGAGCAAAUGGCUACUAACGAUGGCAGGAAUGAUGAAUCACAUGGAGAAGAUAUGAGUGCUAAAGCUCUUAGUGAAUCAGAAAGUCUCUCAGAUAUUGAUGAUUUGGAGGUUGAAGGCUACCUUCACAAUGAAGAGGAGAAGCAUUACAAGACGCUUAUAUGGAGUGAAAUGAAUAGGGAGUAUCUGGAGGAGCAAGCAGCCAAGGAAGCAGCAGCAGCUGCUGCUAAGGCAACUUUCGAGGCAAAUUUUCAAAACUGUUCCGAGGAUAUGCUAGCAGCGAAAGAGCUUGCUGAAUCUGCUGCUGCAGCUGUGGCCAAAUCCAGAAAGGAAAAAAAGCAGAGACGUGCCCAGGAGGCAAAAAACUCAGGUCCUGCUCAAUCUGCUGCAGAGGCUACUCGGAAAAUGUUGAUAAAUAAGAGGCUCAGCUCCAAAGUCAAUCUUGAUCGCUUGGAUAAUUUAUUUGACGAUAUUGAGGCCUCGGAGAACAAGAAAGUACGGUUUGAGCUGCACUCUGGUAAAGGUAGUAAACUAGAGCCUGAGCUAGAGGACAAAGACAAAGGUGAUGAUAUGGGAUCUGUUGAUAAAUUUGAGUAUGGAGGUUAUAUGGGUAAGGAAAAUAAUUUGCAGGAAGAAAAACUGGCGGAGUAUGACUGUGGAGAUGAUGAUUAUAGCUAUGAUGAUGACGACUAAAAUGUUUCCCGAAGCUCCUGCUGCUUUAAUUUUCUGUGGGUUUCCAGGAUCCUGAUCCAACGUGGCUGGCACUGGGUGAACUCAUUGUCCGAAAUUUUUGGGGAUGCUGUGUCUCCUUGCAAUAGCGUUCCUCUUUCAUUGUAGCUUCCUUGUAUAGUCGUGGGGUUUUGCUAUAUCUUAAAAUAAUUUUAUUCCCCUUAGUAUACCCUCACAUGCAUGGGCAGCUUUAGGAAUUUUGAUUUCUCCCAUCAUGUACUUUCCUUUCUUCCUAGUUUGAGGGUCAUGCGAGAAUAUAUUAGUGUAAAUAUAUACAAGUUUCAAUAAUAUGUUAUUAAUUAUUAGAUAUUCAAUUCCCUUCCUUGAGCUCCUGUAACACCUCUCCCUCGUUGAUCAUGGGCAGAUCAUACACUUGUCAAUUGAUAUCAAUAUAGAUAAUAUAUUCUAUCACUGGCA